GGAGCGAGCUGGUCUCCAGUCUAGUUCGGAAUACUCAUCCUCCUCGUAUCUGAUGCCUUGCUGUCUGCGCGGCUCUACUUACCUGUAAUGCUUAUGUUGGAACGCCCAGCCAAGCGGUUCAUUGCGAGCCGGGUCUCUCUGAGGUUAUGGCUAACUUGUUGAUGGCUUGGCGAAUUGUCGGCAUUGGCAGGAAGACUUCGUUCGCCAUGCUUCGUGAAGAUAUAAAGUGCGAAGCAAUCAGAUUGGGUAAAAUAGGUCUUUUGCAAUCAAGCCGCAGAGUUCCAGUUUGUCUUUACUGUUCAGGAUGUUCAAGCGCAUCGCUCUCGCUCUCGUGACCUCGGCGUCCCUCGUUAGUGGCAACAUCGUCAAGUUUGGCAACUAUUACAACUACUAGUUGUCCGACACCACUACGAACACCGUUGACUUGACUCGCUAUGGCUCUUCUGACCCCAUCACCCUGCCGACUCUUUCGCAUGCCAAUUCGAGCAUCACCAUUGCUCCGGAGCGCUCGGCGCUCGUUAUUGUUGACAUGCAGAACUAUUUCCUGCACCCCGAUUUGAGUGCUCGUGCCACUCUCGGCCGCGCCGCCGUCGAUCCAACUCUUAAGAUGAUCGACGCAUUCCGCGCCAAGGGCAUGAAGAUUGCAUGGGUCCAGUGGGGCAUUGACGAGUACGAUCUCACUCAUUUGUUGUCACCGUCUUUCCUCUAUGGCUUCUCUUCCAAUAAAACCCGCGACGAUUCCAGCUUCUGCACGGAGAUGGGCUUCGUUGCCAAUGGCACUAUCGAUGCCGGCAAGAAGCUGUGCCGCGGCUCCUGGAACGCCCACCAGUACGGUCCUCUUUACGACAGCUACCUCGAGGGUCUCAAGCUUGGCACCGAUUUCUACUUCAACAAGAACACGCUCUCCGGUCUCUGGGGUACCACGACUCCUUUCGAGAUGUGGCUGCAUGAUACGCGUGUUACGACUCUUUUCUUCGGCGGCGUCAACACCGAUUAAUGCGUGUUCGGCACCAUGAUCGACUCUGUCUUCAAGGGCU